AUGCCUGCAGCCGUGAGCGCUUGGCCCGAAUUAGGCUAUGCAGCACAGCAGGUAGUGCAAGCACCGUCCGACGGCGAGUAUCUCAACCAUUUGUUGCGUGCAAUUCAAGAUGCGAGAAAGGGAGGCCAGAGCCAGCAGCUCUUGUCGUCCCUUACCCGUUACUCCACGGAUAGGGAAGCAGAGAUUGAACGUAUCUGUAUCUCGAAUCACCAAGGCUUCGUCACCUCUGUCAACCAGCUUUUGCAUGUUAGGGAUGGGACAGGCCACCUGGCCUCUGACAUAUUGUCUCUAAAUCAGUCCAUGCAGUCCAGCACAGAGAAGCUGGCGGAGCAAAAAAAGGCUUUAGUCGAUUCGAGAGGAGUACGGCAAAAUAUUGAUGAAGCGACAGAGGCACUACGCGACUGCCUGGAGGUUCUGCGCCUAGCCAAUCAAGUCCAUGACCUCCUAGGAAGGAAAAGCCAUUACUCGGCCCUCAGAGCUUUAGACGAGUUGCAAAACGUGCAUCUCAAAGAGAUCAGUCAGUACAAGAUUGCAGACAUGAUCCAAAGGUCCGUGCCAGCUACAAAGAAGCUCAUCGCUGAGGCGGUCAUGAGCGAUCUCAAUACAUGGCUCUUCCGGAUUCGAGAGACCGAAGCUUUCUUGGGCCAAGUCGCGUUCUACCAUACUGAACAACGGAGGGCUAGGCAGAAAGACCGUGCAGAAAGGUCCCAGUACUUGGCUAAUUUCAAGUUGAAUACUGCCAUUGAGCUUGUUUCUGAUGAGACUGACGAAUUUGACGUGCUCGACAACGAGGAUGUACAGGUGGAUUUCACACCUCUUUAUGAGUGUCUUCACAUCCACAACGCCCUAGGCCAGACAGAAAAGUUUCGUGCUGAGUACGCAAUGACCCGACGUCAACAAAAGGAUUUGCUGAUGCCUGUCUCAAUAACGCUCAAAGAGGACGAUGAGGGUGUCUCGCUCAACGAAUUGCUCGAGGGUAUGGCCGGCUUUGCGGUCGUGGAGCGCGCGACGAUGACGAAAGCUCCGGAAGCUCGAUCUACGUCUGAUGUAGAUGAGCUGUGGGACUCGAUGUGCCAGCAAGCAAUCUCUCUUACCUCUAGCGCUUUACAAGAAGUCAACAACGCUGAGCUAAUCCUGAAAAUCAAAACAGUUUUUGCCUUAUUUAUCCAGACUAUGGAAUCUUGGAAUUACUCCGUUGCCACUCUCGAUGGCUUUCUGCUGCAACUAUUUGAAAAAUACGCCGAGCUUCUGAAACGAAGGUUUAGCGAUGAUUUCCAGGAGAUAGUCUCGACUGAUGACUACAUGCCGAUGCCGAUUAACAAACUAGAGGAAUACGACAAAGUUGUCAGUGUCAGCUGGUAUACACCGGAUAAGCCACGGGUAGAGAUUCAAUUUCCCUGCGUUUUGCCAUUUUCCCAAAUGUAUCCUCUUUGCUGCAUAGAUAUUAGGAAUUUCCUUAAUCAAUUCUGGUUUUUCCCCGACGACCAUUUUCUCCAGUCCAAAAUGACAGACGAAACCUUGAGGGGCUCACUUGAUGAAUUGCUAUCUAAUAGCGUCUGCCGCCUACUUAUCGAACGGCUCAACUCACAAUAUCUGGGUCAGAUCGUACAAAUACUUAUCAACCUCGAACACUUCGAAGUUGCCUGUCAAGAGCUUGAGAUCGCUCUGGCGGAAGGGAGGCGUGGUGCUUCCGCACAGGGUCAAGUGAUUCUAGGCGCUACCGAAGAAUUCAGAAGCAACAAGAAAACAGCAGAGAAGCGAAUUUUUGAGCUUGUCAACUCAAAAAUAGACGAUCUGAUAGGCACGGCCGAAUAUGAUUGGAUGGCUCUCAUUGUUGAGAAAGAACCUAGCAGCUAUAUGCAGACACUGACUCGCUACCUCUCUAACAUCAUGAACUCGGUAUUACUUGGCUUACCGGCUGAGAUUAAGGAGUUGAUAUAUUUUGAUGCUUUGAGCCAUGCAGCAACAAUGAUAUUAAAUCUGCCUUUAUCUUCGGAGGUGAAAAGGAUCAAUCCAAAUGGAGUCGCUGCUCUUGCUAAAGAUGUUCAAUAUCUUACCGAAUUUGUGGAUACAUUGGGCAAUCCUGUGUUGAGUGAGAAUCUAGACGAACUACAACAAACAAUUUCCCUUAUGCAAGCGGAUAAUUCAGAUGACUUUUAUGAUAUUUCUACGCGAAACAAGAAAUAUGGCAGGGUCGACGCACUCCACGGCCCUGUAUUACUCGAGAAGCUGACGCACACCGUGCAGUCUGCGUCCAGUAUCAGAUCAGACAAAUUUCAAGCUCUAUCGUCUCGCUUUGGGAUGAAGUCUUGA